AAGUAGCGCAGUAACCAAGUACAACGCUUCCCCUCUGGUUAUUUGUUUACGCGCCCGCUGUCGUUAACUGCUUUCCUCUUUACUUUCAUAUUAUUCACUUAAAUUAGGAGAGCACCAGAAUAUAACGUUACACGCAUCAGUGUGUAAAUUCAAUGCUUUGAACGUGAUUUAGCAAGCAGAGCCUUGUUUGCAUUGCGAGCGAUUAUAAGCUUCAAAUGCAAUAAGCAUGUUUUUAUAAUUAAGUUACAGCAUUUUAUGGAUUAAAAUUGCCUGCUGGAAUGAUCGUAGGUCAAUCAUAAAGCUUGAAAACGGAACUCGAUUGAGCAUCAGAUGAUCCAUGGCUUUACCGACGCUUUCAGCGCACUGGCCGGGUCGGGUGCGGGCUCUGGAGAGGCAGCUGGUGCGGCAGCGGGAGCAGGAGGCUCGCUGGAGGCAGCAGUGGGAGCUGCACUCGCAGUACUUCAGAGAGCAGGAGGUCCGAAGCAGCAAACAGUCGCAAUGGAGCUCACGGCAGUCCUUCCAGCGCAGUAUGUCAGCAUUUCAGCGGGAGCGCAUGAAGGAGGAGAAGCUGCGGAAACUAGAGGAACGCAGGGAGCGUCUGAGGACGAUGCUCCGGCAGGAGACAGACCAGUUGGAGGCAGAGCUCAGAAAUGUUGUGCCAGACAGAGCCACACUGACUAGACAGCUAGUGGAAAAAACAGAUGGUCUCCGGUCUGCCAGGGAAGAGAGGAGGAAAAAUCUUGCACAGGAGCUGCUGAGGGAACACUGGAAGCAAAACAACUCGGAUCUGCGGAAGGUGGAGUCAGGAUUGCACAAAGAUCAUGUUGUGAGCCAGUGGCAGUUUCAACAGCAGGAGAAAAAACAGGCUGAUGAGAGAACUCAAUUGGAGAAACAGCGUUUUGAAAACGAGUAUGAGAGAACCAGAAGGGAGGCUCUGGAAAGAAUGAAGGAAGAAGAGGAGAAGAGAAGACAGGAGGAAAAGAAGCGAGCUGAGGACCUCCGCAAACAGAUGGAGGAGCUCAAACUACGAGACCAGGAAGCUGAGCGUCUUAAGCAGGAACAGGAAGCUCUGAUGUCUCAACGCUGGGAGCUUGAGAAGCUAGAUGAUGAGAGGAAGAGGAUGGAGGAAAGCAGGAGGAAAACUGAAUUCGGGCAUUUCCUGACUCGUCAGUAUCGUGCUCAGCUGAAAAGGAGAGCACAGCAGGUGCAGGAAGAACUGGAGGCAGACCGCAAGAUCCUGGCAGCACUGCUGGAGGGAGAGGUGGAGGACCAGAGACUGGAGAAAGCCAGGAAAGAGAGAGCUGUCGCUGACGCCGCCUGGAUGAAGAGAGUCAUAGAGGAGCAGCUCCACCUGGAGAGGGAGAGGGAGGCAGAGUUUGAUAUUUUAUAUCGGGAGGAAGCUCAGCGUGUUUGGGAGAAGAGAGAGGCAGAGUGGGAGAAAGAGAGAAGAGCUAGAGAGAGACUGAUGCGGGAGGUCCUGAUAGGACGUCAGCAGCAGUUGGAUGAACGAAUGCAGGAGAACAGGCUGGCAAGGGAGGAGUCUCUGAAGAGGAGAGAGGAGCUCAUCCAACAGCUGGAGCAAGAGAGAAUCACUCUACGCCAGGAGAGAGAGCAGCAGGAGGGAUCCCGCACAUCUCGCAUGCAGGAGAUCAAUGCACAGGUGGCGCAGAGGCGCAAGGAACAGUGGGAAGAGCAGCAAAGACAAGAACAGGAAGAAGUACAAGAGAGGGAGGAGCUAAGGCUGCAGGAGGAGGAGCUUCGUCUUGAGACGGAGAGAAUGAAUCGACAGGGCUACCAGCAGAGAAUUCACGGCAGACCCCGGUCAGCAUGGACAUGAGAGCGAUUUUACAGGAAGAAUUGUUGUGCCACAUCCCCUAUCAGAUGCUAGGAUGCAUUUUCGGGGAUAUCUAUAUGUCCAUGCUGAUCUCGGCCACUUUGUGCAUUAAUGAGAGUCAGUUUUCCCAUCAGAGAUUAUUUUAAUAUAUGGCCCAUCAAUUGUUUAUGAUUUAGAUUAUGGCUUCCAUCAGUAGUUGUUUAGGCAAGUUAUCAAUUUAAAAUGUCAAUUACACUAGUACUGAGGUUUGCAUGUAGGGCUGUUUUUAUAUGUAGAUUGUUUUGUAUACAUGAAUUUCAAAGCUGACAAGGUUUUCAAUAAAGAAACUGUUAUCCAUUGUC